AUGAUGUGUUGGACACAUAGGCUGUUUACCAUCAGCGGGGGUAAAGUACCGGCGGAGGCCGGCCGUGCAGCACUCACCUGGCAGGCAGCACCGCCUAUUGUCUCCGCGACUCCUCAGCGCCCGGUGCCCGCCGUCCGUCCGGCGACUCCUCAGCGCCCGGUGCCCGCCGUCCGUCCGGCGACUCCUCAGCGCCCGGUGCCCGCCGUCCGUCCGGCGACUCCUCAGCGCUCCGUCCCCGCCGUCCGUCCGGCGACUCCUCAGCGCUCCGUCCCCGCCGACUCCUCAGCGCCCGGUGCCCGCCAUCCGUCCGGCGACUCCUCAGCGCUCCGUCCCCGCCGUCCGUCCGGCGACUCCUCAGCGCCCGGUGCCCGCCGACUCCUCAGCGCCCCGUCCCCGCCGUCCGUCCGGCGACUCCUCAGCGCCCGGUGCCCGCCGACUCCUCAGCGCCCCGUCCCCGCCGUCCGUCCGGCGACUCCUCAGCGCCCCGUCCCCGCCGUCCUGUCCCCGCCGAUUUUUCCCGCCAACAAAACAAACCGCCGCCGGCAGCCGGGCUGCACCAUCAGAAAGGAGGGUCCGGAAAAUACAGGGGAGUGCUCGGGAGCAAGUAAAGCAACGGCAAAGCCUUAUUAUCAAAUAAAAGCUUAA